AAGUUCAAGCUAAUUACUGAGGAUGUUCAGGGCAAAAACUCUCUGACUAACUUCCAUGGCAUGGAUCUUACCCGGGACAAAAUGUGCUCCAUGGUCAAAAAGUGGCAGACCAUGAUUGAAGCUCAUGUUGAUGUGAAGACGACCGAUGGGUAUUUGCUCCGACUUUUCUGUGUUGGUUUCACUAAAAAAAGUAACAACCAGAUUAGAAAGACAUCCUAUGCGCAGCACCAGCAGGUCCGCCAAAUCCGCAAGAAGAUGAUGGAGAUCAUGACCCGAGAAGUGCAGACAAAUGACUUGAAGGAAGUAGUUAAUAAACUGAUUCCAGACAGCAUUGGGAAAGACAUAGAGAAGGCUUGCCAGUCCAUCUAUCCUCUCCAUGACGUUUUUGUUAGGAAAGUCAAAAUGCUGAAGAAACCCAAGUUUGAAUUGGGAAAACUCAUGGAGCUCCAAGGUGAAGGCGGUAGUUCUGGCAAAACAACUGGUGAUGAGACAGGUGCUAAGGUUGAACGAGCUGAUGGCUAUGAACCACCAGUCCAAGAAUCCGUUUAAAAUCCAGAUUUUUAAUAGCGACAAAUAAAAAGUCCUAUUUGUGAUGAAAAAAA